ACCGAAUACUUAUCCUCGAGUACACUCGUGUAAUACUUAUACGGACGAGCGUAACGAGUCGUAAACGUAAGGAAGUACCGCUCAGAUUCUAUAUAUUUCAUUCUCAUUUUCGCACAGUGAAAACGCAACCCACGUAUAAUUCGCGAGUACGACCAGACCAUAUCACCUAGAUUUUUACGAAAACAUAUUCCUUCUUAUAUUCGAUCGAAUAUAUAGUGGAAUGUUUCGCACGAACGAUGAACACGUGCUUGACGUCAGAAAAGAAAGAUCACGUUGGCUGAUGAUCGAAUGCAAGCGUAGAUAAGGGCUGCUCUUUUCUCGUCUUUUUCUUACGAGGAAAAGAAAGAAAGGGAGAUAGGAUGGCAUCGAAAAAGAACAUAGGAUCAACAACAACGGAAUGGAACAUCGCUAGAACUGGAAUAUCCUUGUUGUUGAACAACAAAACGGAGGAAGCCGAAGCACUUUUCACCGGACAUCCUCAUAGUUUCCACGUUAAAGCCGGUCGUUGCUUCGUUCUUUUCAUGAACGCAUUGAUGAGCUUCGAGGAUGAUAAACUUCAACAAGCCAUGCUAUUGUUGAGAGACAUGGAAAGGGAAUGUGCCAACGACAUUGGCUGGCUGAAAUCAAUGAAGAACAGGGUAUUUAGGGCAGAAGAGAGCUCCAAGGAAUACGUCAACAAGCUGGAGAGGCAGAUAGUAUUAGCGGAUUCGCAAGUUUGCUCAGCGAUAUUAACUCUCCUCCAACAAGAGCUCACCGGUUACGUUCGUGGCGGUUGGAUGCUGCGUAAAGCUUGGCGCGUUUAUCAGCACGCGCACAUGCAAAUAUUGCAGCUUUAUAGGCGUACAUUCGGCAACGUGCCAUCAGAUUUCGAGGUGAACUGUAGCGUGCCAGGGAGCAAUGGUUCUUGUUAUUCUCUCCAAAGUCCACAUAGUCCAGGGUCCUCGGAAUGGUCGAUUCCGUCCUACAACGGUUCGUCCGGCAACUCAACGCCUAUCACCUCGCCAUCAGGUCUGCGAAGCUCCCUAUCAAUGUUCUUCUCGAUCACUGGCAUCACGUCCGAACAACAGACACCCUUCGUCGAACCGACCGAAGUGGCCCGAUUGAUGUCGGCCGUGAGCUUCGGCUAUGGGAUUUAUCAGCUUUGCGUGAGUCUCUUGCCACCUUCUUUGUUAAAACUCAUUCAUUUCCUGGGCUUCGAGGGCGAUCGACGUGCCGGACUCACGGCUCUCAUGUAUGCUCGGGUCAGCGAGGAUAUGCGUGCUCCAUUGGCGACAUUAUCGCUUCUUUGGUAUCACACGAUAGUACGACCAUUCUUCGCUCUCGAUGGUUCCAACGUGAAAGCCGGUGUGAACGCGGCGAAACAAUUGAUCGAGGAAUGUCGUACGGAAUUUCAAAAUUCCGCCCUUUUUCUCUUUUUCGCGGGCCGAGUGGAACGCCUCGAGUCGAACGUUAAUGCUGCCCUCGAAGCUUACGACAAAGCCGUGGAUGCGUCCGGUCAAAGAGAAGUGAGAUUGUUGUGUUUACACGAGGUUGCCUGGUGUCACCUGAUUCGUUUGAGUUACGAGGAAGCUUAUCGAUCUUUGACACAGUUACAGCAACAGUCGAGGUGGUCGAAAAGUUUCUACGCGUAUUUGGCGGCAGUCUGUUGCGGAUCGAACGGCAAGUUCGAAGAAUUGAUGACGAUGUAUCGAAAGAUCGUUCAGCUGGUCGCUGGUACGACGAAGGAAACGCAACUCGGUCUUUUCAUCUUACGAAGAGCUCCGAAAUUGGUUGAUCAGGAUACGGGUCGAGCUUACACGAUUUUGUAUUACAAAUUACUCGUCUACGAGCUAUUAUACCUUUGGAACGCCAUGCCGUCGUGUUCCAUUGAGGCACUCCGAUGGAUUUUAUUAGAUUGCAAGGGUAACCGCUCGGAAGAGCCUAUGGUGGGAUUGAUGAGCGUUCGAAACGCUUACUGUUGCGUCAACGGAGGAAAUUGUCAAGCCAAUGUCGCGAAUCCUUGUCUACGUCCUUCCUGGUAUCACAAAUUCAUUAAACCGCUUGCCUUUUGUAUCAUAACCUCGCUCUUAGAAACUUUUCGUCGUAAUAAUAAUCCUUCGUUUCGACGUAACCCAGCAAUGUCGGUGUCUCACAUCUGUGAUAAGUAUUCCGCCAAUUCGUCCUUCAAAGUCGUCAAGGCUGACUUGGGAAACUUACGAAGACAUCUGAAUACCCUUUCGAUGGAAGUGAAGAAUGUCCUAGAGACUCGCGACAAUUUGCAAAACAAACUGAAGGAAGUUGGGUUCGCGAUACCAAAAAUAUCGGAGGCCAUUCUUAAAUUGAGAGACGAAGUGACCGAGGGAAUCGGAAUACAUACGGAGAAUAUGAUAAAAGUUUUGUCGCCGGAGAGCGUGAGAAAGAUGGUGAGAAGCGAGUUGCAAAUCUACGACGCCGAUAAAACAGGAAUGACCGAUUAUGCGCUGGAAACUUCAGGUGGUAGUAUACUUUCGACGAGAAAUACCGAGGACUAUACCGCGGGGUCUCCGAGUUUGACUCUUUUUGGUAUUCCCAUUUGUAUUCAACAAAACACCCCACGAGCUGUUAUACAGACAGGUGUCCUUCCUGGAGAAUGCUGGGCUUUCAAGGGCUCCAGUGGCACGGUCGUUAUACAACUACUAGGACCAGUGUACAUAUCCGGUGUUAGCCUCGAGCACAUUUCCCCUUCUAUAUCACCAACCGGCGAGACUAUGGCUGCUCCCAAGGAGUUUUCUGUUUGGGGCUUGGAAUGCGUCGAAGAUACGGAUAGUUUCUUUUUUGGCGAAUUUAUCUACGACAAUACCGGUCCUUCCAUACAGUACUUUGAAGUCCAAAAUAAUGCGAAGAAAGCAUACGAGAUCGUAGAGGUGAAGAUACAUUCGAAUAAUGGUCAUCGCGAUUAUACUUGCAUUUAUAGGAUACGAGUUCACGGUACUCUUAGGCAAUGAAAAAAAAAAAAAUAU